GUAAGCCUCCAUUCCAAAGGAAACAAACCCAAAAGAAUUGCAGAUUUGAAAAAAAAAGAUGCAAAUCCAUUAUUCUAAACUCAAGAUCAGAUUUUUCCCUAUCACUGAAUUCAAAUAAAUAAAAAAAUAAUAAUAAUCAUACGUAUUUAACAUAAAACAGAAAAGGAAUGAUUUUCAGUAACAUACACACUAUUGUAAGUAAUUACAAUUUCAUUGCACACCUAGAUCUGACAAUACUACAAGGGAAAUCCCAGCAGUGCAUCUGUCACUUAGCCCAGGGAAGGUGUGUCAAUAUGUGUUGCCAUGGCGACGGCGUCCCUGCCUGUCUGUGUGUGUGUGUGUGUGUGUGUGUGUGUGUGCGGUGAGGUAUUCUCGUUAGUGAGCUCUUAGUAAAACAACAUUUAAUCUUACUACCUAAUAAACACUGAAUGCAGCUUUAAGUCAGAAAAUUGACUGGAGUUUCAUUCAUGUACGUGACGUAAAAGGAACUCCGAAAACUACAAAGCAGAGAGAAGGAAUCAGACGUCUCUCUUUAUCUAUCGUGAGUCGCCUACCAGUACACAGACCUUCAGACUACCUGCUACUGCUGUGGCCUGAACACCCCGCACAGUUCCAACAUGGCCCUGCUGGCUCGAGAACGCCGUGUGUCCCGCUCAGCCUUCACCAGGGACUACUACCGGCCCAGCCCUGCCCUCGUCACCGCCGCCGCCGCCGCCUCCUCCGUUAGCAGCCAUCCUCCCUCUGCCCCACCUGUAGCCCCCAAGAGGCCGGGAGAGGUUGGCGGGGAGGCGUGGGUACCGCCGCCGCCUGUCAACCCCAGUGUGUGGCGCGCCUCUCACGCAGCACGCCUUCAGCACGCCCACGCCUGCUCUUCCCGGGCGCAGCGAAUCAGAGAGGAAAACAAACGUGUGUGUGACGAGACGGAACGCUUGACUGCCAGUCACCGCAGCGAGGUGGAGCGCCGCCUUGAGGACAGGAUCGGGGAUGUCACCUUCUGGCGGGAGGAGAUGUCAGGCCGCCAUGCCAGCCUUGACCAGGAUGCCUCCAAGCUAAAGGUCCUGAGGGAAAGGCUCCGGAAAGCUCACCACCUGUACCUCCAGCCCCUCGAGGUUGCCCUGAAGUGCAUUGAUAUUAGGCGGGAGCGAGUGGGUGUGGAGGAGGUGGAAGACGAGGUGUCGACAGCGCUGCGUCAGGAGGUACAGGAGCUCGGAAGGUGUCGUGCAGCCCUUGCGGAUGGCCUGGCUGACACAGAGCACCAGCUCCGUCGCGUGCUAGCCUGUCGCCAUCACCUGCAGCAGGACGUCAUGGACAAGGACACCGCCCUUGAGGUAGAACAGAACACUGCACGCCUCACGCCCACCGCCCCACCCACCACCAUCAUUCCUGCUCAGAAAGUUGAUCCCAGCCCCGUGUCGGUGGACGGAUGGUACGGGACGGGCGAGAAACUGCUGUCCAGAGCAGACCAGGAACACCAAUUGGCAGACCAGGUGCUGGACGCUGCUGAAGAUCUUUUAGUGGCCACAUCACGUCACCUCCGGCAGCGACUGGACCACACUGAUCACUGCCUGAAGGAGCGGAUUGCGGACACCAGGCACGCCAAAACACUGCUUGAGGAGGAGCAUGCUAAGGUGGUGGAAGAGGAAAGACAGCUGGAGAAAAGUCUGGUGGAGGUGGAGGACCAACUGGAAGCCAAAAGGGGACCUCUCGCCCUGGUCCAGACUCGCCUGCACUCCCGCGCCAGGAGACCCAACAUGGAGAGGACCCGAGACGAGGUGGAGGAAGCUCUGCUGCGCGAGGUGGACGAAUUAGAGUUGACGAUUUCACGCUUGACCUCUGCCGCUGAGAUAUCCCGCAGGCAGCUCCAGAACCUGAGGUCGGAACGAGUCAGCCUUGAACAUGACAUUAAUCUGAAGGCCAGGACUCUGUUGCUGGACGAGGUGAAGGUGGCGGGUCUAAGAAGCACCGUCACUAUCGACACGCACUGACCACGCCACCAAGAGACAGGAAAGAUUUGAAGAGAUGAUAAAGAACACAACACGCGCCACACAAAGAGAAGGGAGUGUAAGGAUAAAGAGCCACAGCACACAAGAGAGAGAAAGAGAGCAGCUUCUUUGACCCAUUCUCUGUCAAGAUAUAUGCUAGGAGAGAGAAAACCAGGUGGAAAAAAUGUAUUUACUCGUAUUAUAUUAUCUAUUAUCGUGAGAAGGUGGGGGGAUAAGAAAGAAAAAGAAGAAAAAAAAACAUCAAACGAAGGAACAAAAAUAUCUUACGAUGCAUUUUCUGUCAUCAUGAGAGGACGAGGAAAAGAACAACAUUAUUCUAACUCGUUUUCUUUGAACCGAAAGACAAGCAUUGUAGGCUAUAACUCAAAUAUUAUGAAGACACAACAGGAGCGCCUCAAUUUUACUAAUGGUUUUACUGCGUUGGGUGCUCAUGCGGCUGCAGAUGAUAUAAAGAAACACUGGAAUAAGAGAAAAAGUUGAUAUAAAGAGUGAAUGAAUGAAAUAAAUCCAUUAAGUUCCGGAAAAAUGAGGGAUGUUUCUAUUCUUGAUAUUCACUUACUCUCGUGUUAAUGAUGACCUGAUUUGUGGCUUCCAGAGAGCACCUCAUCAGUAUUAGUAGGAUGGCCAUGACUUAUCACGAUUAAUUAGUUGGUCAGGCAUCACUUACUACCAAACAAUGUGAAGGAGGAAGGAACUUGCAUAAAAUGAUUAGAGGAAAUGACACGUCACUAGGAAGAGAUUAGAAACAACAGAAUAGAUGGUGUGUAAUAUUAGCAUAAUGAAUACGUAGGCACAGAUGUGUGUUAGUUACAUUGAAGAACUAAGGCACAGUCAAUUGGUACAUUUAUUUCAGUGUAUUUCAUUGUUUUGUUAGUUACCACGAGAAGCUAAGAUGGUCAGCAGUCAGUUAACAUAUCACGUUCAUUUAAAUACAUUUCAUUUUGUUAACUACGGUGAGGGGCUAAACCGGUUAAGGUACAGUCAGUAAUCGGUUAACAUAUCUCAUUCAUCUCACCUUUACCUUUAAUAUUACCUCUCUGAUCUCCUAUGAAUCCAAUAGCUGUCAGGUUUUUUAAAGGUAAUGGUACUCUGAUCAAGGGAAAGCCCAUAAUACAGUGUAAAUGAAUGGAAAAGUUACAUGGCUCCUGACGACGACUGUGUGUAAGUACAGCAACAGGAAGAAAAAGGUUAAUCCAUGUGCUUAGUGCCGUUUUCCGUUGCCUCACGUCUCCGCUAUGUUGUUUCCUAUCUUAUCUCUGCCACGCUAUCAGUAUGAACGAACUGCGCCAUGACUAACUGACUCCACCGUGGCUCACCAUCACGCACUCAGAAAUGUCCUUUUCCGCCACCAUCACUUUCGUCGUUUUUCUAGAGUUUGGGGUGGGCGCCAUGUACGAGUCUCCCCCAUUUGUUUCUGUCCCUUGCAUCUUCCUCUGUGACUCGCCAUCCAUCAUCACAUGCCACGCCCCAAAUCCCUCCACACCACCCUCACAACCCCAAACCUGAUGCCUCUCCACCACCUCCACCUCGCAGCCACAACCAAACCUCAUCUCCACCACCGCUGUUGUUCUCUAUCCACCACCACCACGCACCCAAGCCAGAGCUCCCGUCCACCUUCAUCAUGUUCUCCAACUGAUCCCUCCUCACCACCAAUACCACCACCACGCAAUCCUACACCAAACCUCUUCUACGCCACAACUAUCAUUAAGCAUCUCAAGCACUAGAUAUCUCCUCCCCACUCCCCACCAUCACGCACCCCACUCAGAUCUCUCUCCAGCACCAUCAUCCAAUCCCCUAAUCAAACUUCAUCACUCACCACCACCACCACCACCACCACUACGCACCGCAACCAAACCCUCUUCCCUUUCUCUUCAUUACAGGCGCCCCUCUUCCCGUACCUCCACUUGCUCCAUGAUAUCACCACCACCACCACCACUGCCAUUUCCCAUGUCUGUGAUAAGCGGUCCCCGUCCUUCUGUAGUGACUGACGGUGUUUUUUGUGACACGUUCACAUGUCACGAUAAACACUGUGAUUACGUACAUACCCAAGGUGGUGUUUUGAAAUUAGCGGUUCGUCCUUGGCCUAACCAAAGACCGGUGUUUUAAAUGCUUUGUUUUGUCAUGAGCACAAUUUUCGAAAGUUACAGAGAUCAUUAGUCGAGUUCCCAUGGCUGCUUUUCCAAAUGAUAGCUAAUUCUUUAUUAAACUAACAUUAUCAGCAUGAAAACUCGGGAAAACCACAGUAACUUUACCAUUAUUUGCGUAUUUUGAAACGUUCGCUCAUCAGGAUUGUUUUCAAAGGAUAUAUAUAUGAUUAGUUAUGUUCGCAUGGCUAUUUUUCCAUCAGUUAUCUAUGAGUGACAAUCAGAAACAGUGAGAAUCAACCUGGGUGCAUGUUUUUUUUUUUUUCAAAGGGUACUUGGAAAUGAUGGGAUACAUGGAGGAGUACAUGAGAUGGCCGAUGUGUAUUGCAGUGCACAGUAAGAAAAUGUACUUUAGGAAGAAAAACUGUGUGUAAUGUAAUAGAUCAAUUUAAGUUGAGAUUAAAGUAUUACAAAUUAAUGCAUCAUACUAGUGUACUGCAGUGAGACACAAGUCCUGCCACUCAAAUUGGAGAUGUUAUUAUACAUUCAGCACCUAUAUAACAACUAUUCAGGACAAAGUAGCUAUUUUCUGUAUUUAUAAGAGACCUGAUAUCUUAUUUAUAUAUAUUCAGUCUUACAACUAGAGAAAAACGUGAAAUAUUCAUGCAGUUUCUUUGAAAUUAAUCGUCCCAGGCGCGAGGGUACAUGAAUUUCUCAAAAGUUCCCGGAAGGGUACAUUAACUUAGAAAAAGUUGGGAACCACUGGUCUAGACGACCUCCUUGAAGACCUUAACCAGUUCCCCUACAGCCUAUUUUCAAAGUAAUUAAACUAAAACACUGAAACAAUGAGAAAUUGUGGUCCAGGAACUAAACUGGGGAAGUAGAAGUAGUGCAGGACUCGGCAUUGCGGUAACUUGUUCCGAGAUGUCCUCGCACCCUUGCAUUCCAGCCGUGCCAUCUGUCCUGCCGUUGCGAUUGUCUGUUGCCGGCUACUUACACUGUUUCGUUUUACCUGAUUUUAGAUGUAUUUUGACUCUCUAACAUCAAAUUUCUUAUUGCUGACCAGGCUGAGUACUAAACUGUGGAUUUAACCAAGAUGAACAGAGACGCGCGGUACAAGGAAGUGACGCUGAGCAAGAGUAGCCUUCCAAGCCGAGUGCCUGACAGAUAACAUGCGAUUACAAACUCAUUUCGCCCAGUGCUGCUAAUUUCAGUUUAAUGACUUUUAAAAUCCCAUUCUUUUACCACGUACACACAUCACGGGAAGGCAUGGAGAUCGGGAGGGGGAAGAGGGAGGCGAGGGAAGAGUAAAAGAGAGAUACUGAUAUUGAUACUGAUAUAUUUAGUGGCCUUUUAGACAUUAGCAAAUAAGAUAGCAUACAUUAUAUUGUAGCCAAGGCCCGCUGAGCCAAGGCUAUGUUAGGGUCAGACGCGUGACUCACCGUGACUAGUAAACAAGUAUUUGAAUUGUAUCAGCUUCCCAGAUACUUGGAUUGUGUCCUUUGAAAAUAUUUCGCAUAACGCAAGUAUACCCUAUGAUUAGCUAUUCUCAAAACAAUCAAGUGGGAUGGUAAGUCUGUGUGGUGCACGAGAGGAAAGGCCCGUAUUUUGAAACACUGGCCUCUGAUAAGAACUGUUUUCAAAGGCCACAAAGGUGAUUAAUCAUGCUGUAUGUAAUUGAUGCUUUUUUCUUAUUGAUGAUACAGAAUCCUUAUCGAACUAUCAUGAAGAUCAUUAAAUUAACCUUGAAAAGCUCCAUAUCUUUUAUUAGAGCCUAUUCAAAGUAGUUGGGAUAAGACGCUGUUUAUUUAUUUAUUCAUUUAUUUAUUUUUUUAUCUGUCUAAGACUUCAUACUUGGUUGCCUCGGUCUUGGUGACAUGCUGUUCCUCCCUCCCAUCCUUACCGACAACCUAACCGACUGUUCCUUAUCUCUUAUCUCGCUUAUCGUGCUCGACGCCGCUAGUUCAACACGACGCGUGGAUGUCCGGGCAUCAGUACGAGGUUAAGUUCUGCCACGCGAGUCUUUGGGAGCUUCUGUGCAGUGCCAGUUGUGUACUCUUCAGUGUACUCAAGCAUUACCAACACGAGGAACCCCUUGACGAAGACAACAUGCAGCCCUUCUCCUUGAGUCACUUGGUGGUGCUGGCCGCUCUCGUUUGCACAGGUGCCGCCGUCAAGUGUUACCUCGGCUCCACGGAUGUUACUAUUGAUUGCAUGGGCUCAUGCACAAAGACCACUAUGAUGGACGACGAUGACUGGGUGGUACGCGCCUGCUGGGCCUCUCGGAAGGACGAUAAUUGUUUACUGACGAGCCAAGGCGUGCGCAUGGAAACGUGCUACUGUAACGACGAUUACUGCAACACCUCAUCCCCCACUUCCCUGCCUUCACUUCUCCUCCUUGUCCCUCUUCUCUUCUCCUUCCUUAUGCCUCGUGUUUACUAGUAACGUGGUUGCUGAGAGCUACGAUAUCUUUUCCUUCUCCAUCUCCUUAAUUUUAACUCCUCAUCGUUUUCUUCUUUCCCUUGUGUCACGUGUUUACUAUAGAAGCACGAACCUGACCUACGUAAGUCAUUCUUCUCUACUUUCCCUUUCCUCCCUCUCCGUUUUCUUUCGUCUAGUAACGCGGACUUGACUGGCCAGAGCCUCUUCGCGUGCUUCCUACACGUACCCUUCACUUGUUUUUUAUCGUUGUCUUCUUUGCCAUGUCUUGAAAUACUUGAUUUUACUGUAACAAACUUCCUUGUUAUAUUACUGUGACAUUUCCUCCUCUCCUGCUGCUUUUUUUCUUUUAUUGUUCUUUUAUUAUUAUUAUUAUUAUUAUUAUUAUUAUUAUUAUUAUUAUUAUUAUUAUUAUUAACAUCAUCAUCAUUUAUUUAUUUUCUUUUUAAAUUACCACGCGCUGUGUUGCGUGUGUUCCUAACGAGACCUAUUUGUACCCAGCAAUGACACUAAGGAACCUAUUUCUCUAACGUUUUAGUGCCUUAGCUGGACUACUCUCAACAGACCCUAGCAAAAGUUACAAGAUUUUCAGGGUGUUGUGGCUCAGUGAUGUUUAAACAAGGAUUCUGCACCAUCAGUGGCAAAAACACUCGUGAAAAAACAGGCUGAGGGAAUUAAGGAAAUAAUCUUUGCUUACUGACGAUCUAUUUCCUAGCAAUUUUUGUUUUCUUUAUUGAAGAUAUACACAGAGUAAGGGUUAGCAAUGAAAUUUAUGAACUGAAUUAAUCUAAACGUAACCUAACUUACUUAACCUAGCCCUCGGAUAGGAAAUCUAAUGCUAUUUCAGUAUCAUCCCAGACUUAUAAUGUGGCUUUUGAAAACAGUCCUGAUGAAAGCGAAAGCAUUGCAAAAUACUGGCCCUCCGAUUAGGCAAGGGUCCGCUCCUAUAAGUGUUUACCUGGUACUAGAAAACGAAAGAUGAUAGAGAAUGUAAUGUUAAUAAAGGGAAACUAAACUAUACCUUACCAUAUCUAUUUUGAGACAAACUGACACAUGUUCAACAGACAACGUUUUCUCUAUAAAGCAUGCGGGAGAGGAGGCUUAUACACAACUCUUACAUCCAUUACACAGAGUUGGAAGCGAGUGAUUUUUUUUUUUCCACACACGUUUCUUCCGCUCUAGGAAAUGUGGACCGCAUUCUCAAAGGUUUUGGCAUCCUUGUCUUGACUGCUUUUAAGAGACUUGUGGAUGUUUGGGGGUUUUCAAGGCUGUUUUCAUGAUUGUAGUGAUAGCUCAAUAAGUAUUUUUUAUUUCAAUGAAAAAAAGCUUAAGAAUUCGACGAACUAAUCAUCUCUGCAGCCUUUGAAAACAAUCCUUUUAUUAAAACAUUUUCGUAAAAAAAUAUUCUUUUGUACAAGAAAGGAUUUUAUAUUUCUAUUAUUUGAUGCAAUAAAAAUGAAGGAAAAACC